UACUACUAUCAUUGCUCCUGGAUCACAUCAUUGCGCUCACCGACGCCCUUCCUCUUCUCUCUCUCUCUCUCUCUCUCUCUCUCUCUCUCUCUCUCUCUUACAGCCACCAAUCCAUUGCCAAAUUCUGGUUUUUGAAGGUUAAUUUAAUGGUUCAGUUGAGUAUUGAUAUCUGUGCUGAAUGAGAUCUGAAGUUUUGCUGCUAAGCUGAGAAGGAAUUAAGGGGUGUUUGCACUGUAGAGAUGAAGAUGAAAUUUAGAAAGCCAGUGUUGUUCUUAUUGCUAGUGACCGUUUUGGCCCCUAUUGUUCUCUACACUGACACUCUUGCCUCUUAUUUUACUCCUCCUUCAUCAAGAACUGAGUUCAUUGAAGAUCUCUCUACCUUCACACUUGGUGGUGACGUCCGGCCUCUAAAUUUGCUGCCUCAGGAGUCAUCCACAUUCCUCAAAGAACCACCGGGCAACGUAUAUUCAGAAAAUUCAAGCCUUUCCCUUUCCAAUACCUCAGACACUUUAAGCAGCGACGAUGCUCGUAAAGCAAGACAACUAACUGAAGCAGAAUCAAUGAAACACCAAGCUGCUACUGGAAACAGCAACGAUGGAAUAGAAGUGGCUAUGAAUGGAAAUCGCAUAAGUCAGGUUACUGAUAGCUUGCAUGAACCACAUCAAAUGGACAAAACUUCACUGGAACUUGUAUCAGCUGGGAGAAGUGAAAGCAGAGCAACAGACACCAGCUCAAAGAAGAAGACAAGUCCAACAGAUUCUAGCCACACCUCGGAUACCACAUCUGCGAAAAUGGAAAUAAGGCAGGAUCAACGUACUGUUCAAACCAGUGGUAGAGUUGUAUCUGGAGAGACAGCAAGGGGCAAAGGUGAAGAGCAGAAUGCACAAGUGGUUCCUCCUGAUGCUCGUGUUCGCCAGCUUAAAGAUCAGCUCAUUAGGGGGAAGGUCUACCUUUCACUCUCAGCAACACGAAACAACCCCCACUUCAUUAGAGAACUUCGCUUGCGGAUUAAAGAAGUACAACGAGCACUUGGUGAGGCCAGUAAGGAUUCCGAGCUGCCAAGGAAUGCCUAUGAGAAGUUGAAGGCGAUGGAGCAAACAUUGGCCAAAGGGAAGCAAAUUCAAGAUGAUUGUGCUACUAUAGUAAAGAAGCUUCGUGCUAUGCUUCACUCAGCAGAAGAGCAGCUUCGUGUCCACAAAAAGCAAACAUUGUACUUAACGCACUUAACUGCUAAGACACUCCCUAAGGGUCUGCAUUGUCUUCCCUUGCGCCUUUCAACAGAGUAUUUCAAGUUAAAUUCUUCCCAACAGCAAUUUCCAGAUCAAGAGAAUUUAGAAGAUCCCAAGCUGUAUCACUAUGCACUCUUCUCGGACAACAUUUUAGCAGCUGCGGUCGUCAUAAACUCAACUGUUUCCCAUGCAAAGGAUCCUUCAAAGCACGUUUUCCAUAUAGUAACAGACAGGCUUAAUUAUGCUGCAAUGAGAAUGUGGUUUUUAGCAAAUCCACCACAGCAUGCUACAGUAGACGUCCAAAAUGUUGAGGAAUUCACCUGGCUAAAUUCAAGUUACAGUCCAGUUCUGAAGCAAUUGGCUUCUCAGUCCAUGAUAGAUUAUUACUUCAGGAGUCGUGCUGAUUCUGAUCCGAAUGUUAAGUUUAGGAAUCCAAAGUACCUUUCAAUCAUGAAUCAUUUACGUUUUUACUUGCCGGAGAUAUUCCCAAAGCUGGAUAAAGUUCUCUUCUUGGAUGAUGAUAUUGUUGUGCAAAAGGAUCUUAGUGGCCUAUGGUCUCUUGAUCUUAAGGGUAAGGUGAUUGGUGUGGUUGAGACUUGUGGAGAAAGCUUUCAUCGGUUCGACCGCUACCUCAACUUCUCAAAUCCUUUGAUCUCCAAACAUUUUGAUCCCCGUGCUUGUGGUUGGGCAUUUGGAAUGAACAUCUUUGAUCUAAUUGAGUGGAGGCGGCAGAACAUCACAGAGGUGUACCACUCAUGGCAAAACCUGAAUCAUGAUAGACAACUUUGGAAGUUGGGGACCCUACCACCUGGUUUGAUAACCUUUUGGAAGCGUACAUUUGCCCUUGACCGAUCGUGGCAUGUCCUUGGGCUUGGCUACAAUCCAAAUGUUAGCCAGAAGGACAUUCAACGAGCAGCAGUCAUACAUUACAAUGGAAACUUGAAACCAUGGCUUGAGAUAAGCAUACCCAAGUUCCGAGACUACUGGUCAAAAUUUGUUGACUAUGAUCAGGAAUUUUUGCGAGAGUGUAAUAUCAAUAAAUUGGCUGGUACAUGAAGUGUUUCCUGCAUAUAUUUCUCUUAAUUCAUAAAUACAGUGAGCAUUUGUUUAGUUUACAGGUCUGUUCUUCCUUAAUAAUUUAAUGAUUUUUGUUCUUGUUCUUUAAGUCACAAGUUAUUUAGGUAUAUAUAUGUGAAUGGAGUAUUAGAGUGAGCAUUCUGUAUUACAUUUAUUCUUGACAUCCAUUGUUGGAUGACAGCUUCAAUUCAAAUUUGUUGUAAAUGAUUAACCGUAGCUCUCACUUUGAAUUUCUCUGUUCAUUUUUGGGUUGUUAUAUAUUAAUGGCAUGCCGUUUUCGAGGGCUAUGUAUUUAACAUUG